CUCUCCUCGCAAAAGGCCACCGCGACGCGACCGCGUACUGGGGGCGAGACGCCAGUGCAGGCAGGCAGGCAGAAGAGGAGUCGCCAGGAAGCAACCGCGAGGGAGCUGCAAGCGAGCACAGCAGCAGCGCAGAAAAAAAAUUCUGGAAUAAUUUUUCUUCCCUUUGGCUCCGUGAGGUUCCGGUGCUCGCUCGCUCGCCUGAGCUUCGAUCGAGCCCGGUCGGCGAGGCAGGCGCCCGAUCGCCGCUCUCCGGGAGCUUCCGGGGGGCCGUCGGAUGGAGCCGUACGCGGCGGCGAAGAGCGGCGGGGCCGACGCCGGCACCGGCACCGGACUGGAAGACUCGAUGCGGAGGCUGGGGCUCGGCGACGACGGGGAAGCAGGGGAGGAGAAGCUUCCGGAGCGGCCGGGCGAGGCGGACUGCGCCUACUACCUCCGCACGGGCGCCUGCGGCUACGGGGAGCGCUGCCGCUACAACCACCCCCGCGAUCGGCCGGCCCCGGUUAAUGGAGUUGGAAAGACCGCAGUUACAGUGGAGUACCCAGAGCGUCCUGGACAGCCUCUCUGUGAGUACUAUGCAAAGAAUGGCACCUGUAAAUUUGGUUCCAAUUGCAAGUUUGAUCAUCCCAGGGAGGGUGGUUUUGUACCUGUCACAUUGAACAGCGGUGGAUUCCCCCUGCGUCUGGGUGAAAAGGAAUGUUCCUAUUACAUGAAAACUGGACAUUGCAAGUUUGGAGCUACAUGUAAAUUCCAUCACCCAGAACUUGGUUUCCUUACGGAGACGCCUGGCAUGUACCCACCAGUUCAACCACCACCUAUUUCCUCCUCGCAUCCAUAUCCACAUCUUGCCAAUUGGCAAAUGGGGAGGCCUCCUGUUGUGCCAGGGUCAUUUUUACCAGGCUCGUAUCCACCAAUGGUGCUUCCACAUACAGUUAUACCAAUGCAGGGAUGGAACCCUUAUGUUCCACCUAUGAACCAAGUUACACCAGCUGGAGGACAGCAAGCUGUUCCAGUAGGGGCAUCUUAUGGUUUGUCGCACCAGGGGCCUACCUCUGCCAUGACUUAUGGCAGUCAUUAUGCGCAAUUAUAUUCUUCAUCUGGGACUUCAAGCAGCAACAUACAAGAAUAUGCCUUUCCAGAGCGACCGGGGCAGCCUGAAUGUGAACAUUACAUGAAGACUGGAACCUGUAAAUAUGGGGCAGCCUGCAAAUAUCAUCAUCCUCAAUACUUCAGUGGACCAAAGUCUAACUGCAUACUGAGCCCUCUGGGUCUCCCCCUCCGUCCUGGUUCUCAGCCAUGUGCUUACUAUGCACACCAUGGGUAUUGCAAGUUUGGGCCGACAUGCAAGUUUGAUCACCCGAUGGGUACUCCAAACUAUAGUAUUUCAACAUCUUCACUUACUGAUGUGCCAAUCGCUCCAUAUCCUCAGAGUUUCCCUGUUACUCCUAUGCCUUCAUAUCUGCCAUCUUCUGAUCUGCGUCCACAAUACACUCAAGUCAAGGAUUCCUCUGCUAAUCCACCACCAUCGCCUGGAACUACUUAUGGUCCUGUUGGGUCUAUAUCAAAGGUUUAUGCUCCCCACACGCUUAUCCGAUCCCCGGCUUCUGCAGCUGCUGGCAUGCAAGCGUCCUAAUGAGACACGGUUGAGAGCAUUAGUCCUCUCUGUCAUGAAGAUAGUUCUUGGGCAAUCUUCUCAGGUUUUUCUACCAUUGGCGGAAUGAGGUCUCGAUUCUUUUUUGCUCCAGUUCGACUUCCCAGCAAUUGUGAAUAAAGGCUGCAGCUGACAUAGAAAAGUCUCAAUAAAUGCAAAGAUAGGAAUUGGCAAGCUCAUUCACUUGCCAUUUUUCUGUCCAUCUCGGAAAUGAGAGGAGAAAAUUCUGAUUGUAGUAGGAUCCAGAGCUACGUUAUUAUCCUGUAUAAGAUGCACCGAUGCAAGGGAUUCGUAUCUGAAAGCUGAUGGGUUCUGUAGCUCAAAACCUUUUGUUUAUCUCACCAUCAUAUAUAUAGAGAGGGCAGAUCACCCUAGGUGAUGAUUAUCCACGCUGGAAUGGUUUAACAAAUCUUCAAUAAUUGUUAAACCAUUCGUGCUUUUUGUUAAACCAUCUCAGGAUGGGUGAUCAUCACCUAGGUGACGAAUAGCCAUAUAUAUGAAUAUGAGCAGCAGCUAUGACUUCACAACAUGUAUAUCUACCUAUAUAUAUGAACUGGGAACACGGCAUGUUGUAGCGAGACGCUUUGGAACCCUUGAUUGAAUCAUCUGAAACCAUUCGCUGGUCAUCCCC